AUGAUUAAAACCAACAACAAACCUCACAAGUUCAUAUCUUUAUUACUUAAAUCAAUUCAAAAUUCAUUUUCAACUAACCCCUUUUCACUAUCUGACCUUCCCUGUGAACAAGAUCAUAAAUCUUUGUGCUUUUCCCUUGCCCAAAGCCUAAUUAAUCGCGGGCUUUUGUCGUCUGCGAAACGUGUUAUUCAGCGUCUAGUUUUGCAGUCGCCUACAUUGGUAGAUAAAGUUUCUGUUGUAAAUUUUGCUGUUUCACGGGGUGUUGAGCUUGAUUUAUUGACUUAUUCUGGGUUGGUUUGUAAGCUUGUGAAUGCGGGUGAGUUUGGAUUAGCUGAAAUUUUGUAUCUUGAUAGGGUUUUGAAAAGAGGGGUUAAGCCCGACGCGUUGUUGUUAGGUUCUAUGAUGAUUUGUUAUUGUAAAUUGGGGAAAUUACAAGACGAAAAUGACCAUUUUGAAAAGUUUGUUGGGUUAAAGUCGUUACCUAGGGGAACAAUGUGUUCUGAGUUUCUUGGAGAGGUGUUUGAACAAAAAAGAUUCGUUGAUGCAUAUGAUUAUUUAAUUAGGAUUAAUACUGUGGGAGUUUUACUUAAUGUUUCGUGUUAUAAUAUGUUGAUAUCCGGGUUGUCGUCUAGAGGGUAUGUCGAUGAAGCCCUUCAAGUGUUUGAUAUAAUGCUUGAGAGAGGUGUGGCACCUGUAUCUCAUUUGUGGAAGUCACUUGUGUUUGGUUUUUGUAAAAUGGAUAGAGUUGAAGAAGCCGAGUGGUUAAGUCUGGAGAUGGAAUCGUAUGGUUUUUUUGUCGAUAAGGUUAUGUAUACUAGUCUUGUUAAAGGUUAUUGUAAGAAUAGGAAAGUAAAAAUGGGAAUGAGGCUGUUAUAUAAAAUGCUUAAGAUGGGUUGUGAGCCGGAUACUUAUACUUACAAUACAUUGUUACAAGGGUUUGUUACUGCCGGAUUAUCUGAUAAAGUCUGGGUGUUGAACCAGCACAUGAUUGAGUUGGGACUGGAACCUGAUGUGUUGACUUACCAAAUUAUGAUCAAUAAGCUUUGUAAGGAGAAUAAAGUUGAGUGUGCAUUGGCAUUGCUGAAUAGCAUGUGUGAUAGGAACCUAAAGCCGAAUGUGCAUUGUUAUACACCCAUCAUCCCUGCACUUUACAAAGAGAAAAGAGUUGAGGUUGAUGAGGUAUACCAAAAGAUGCUCGGUUCUGGAGUGAUUCCUGAUCACGUGUUCUUUUUCACACUUAUGAAGGAGUAUCCGAAAGGGCACGGGCUACAUCUUACACUCAAGAUUUUGAAUGCAGUUGCUAAAUAUGGGUGUGGUAUUGAUCCUUCUAGUUCUUAUAAUGCUUUUUGGCCUACCAUGAACGUUCAAUAUGAAAACGACCAUCUUCUAGGCAGAAUAAUGGAAAGCAGGCCUCAUCUGGCUAAUAUGUCGUAUAGUAUAUACAUUGUUGCAUUGUGCCUAGGAGGAAAAAGUGACGAUGCAUUGCGUUCUAUGGUUUUCAUGAUCACUCUUGGAUUUCAGCCUUUGCCUUCAGCUUAUAAUUCCUUGAUAAAGUGUUGUUGUCAACAUGGAUCUGUUGACUAUGCUAAAGCCAUGAUUGAACUCAUGGAAGGCAUGGGUACAGUUCCAGACUCAACAACAUUUUUGAUUAUGAUAAAUGAACAUUGUAAGCGGGGUGACUUAGCAUCUACCUUUGAUGUUCUUCGUCUAAUGCAUAAACGGAGAAUGCAGCCUACUGUUGCUAUUUAUGAUUGCAUCAUUGGUUGCUUAGGCAGAGAAAAAAGAGUUUUUGAUGCACAUGUUAUGUUUAAAAAGCUGGUUGAAAGUGGCAUAGAUCCUGAUGACGCUUUGUAUUUCAGAAUGAUAAAUGUGUACUCUAAACAUGGUCAAGUAAUAGAAGCCAACAGGGUAUUUAACCGAAUGAUGAAGCAUGGAAUACAACCAAAUUCACAUGCUUACUUGUCUCUUAUAAGUGGAUUUGUUAAGAAAAACAUGAUGGAUAAGGGUGUGAAGUAUCUUGGUAAUAUGUUAGAAGAUGGUUUUAUGCCAAAUAAAGAACUCUAUACCUCCCUUAUCGAUAUUUUUUUAAGAAAAGGGGAGCUUGAUUUUGCAUUUCGACUCGUUUCUUUGAUGGAAGGAAGUAAUAUCGAAUGUGAUCAGGUUACCUACAUCACCCUGAUCAGUGGAAUAUGCAGGAAUCUUCAAUGUUACAAUGGUACGUGGCAUGAUACCCAUUCAAAAUCCUCAAAAGAAAGGGAAAAUCUGUAUCAUCUACUUCGACAGAACUCAUUGUUUUUAAAGGAGAGCAAUACGAGAAUUUCCAUAAAAACUCAUGAAGAUCUCAAGUUAUUAGCAAUGAAAUUGAUGAAAGGGGUUAAGGACUCUUGCUAUAUGCCUAAUUUAUAUUUAUAUAAUGGGAUACUAUCUGGGUUUUGUCGGAUGGGCAAGCUUGAGCAAGCAUAUGAUCAUCUGGAUUUGAUGGAAAAACAUGGCGUGGCUCCCAAUCAGGCAACAUUCACCAUUCUCAUUAAUGGACAUAUUCAGGCCGGUAAAAUUGAUGCUGCUGUUGGCUUGUUUAAUCAAAUGAAUUCCAUAGGGUGCUUCCCGGAUAGAAUUGUAUAUAAUAGUUUGAUAAAAGGUUUUUGUAAGAAUAAUAGAUUGGUUGAUGCUUUAUCUCUUGCACAUGCAAUGUGUAAAAGAGGGUUUGCACCAAGCAAAAUAGCUUAUGAAAAUAUGUUAGUUAGUCUUUGUACUUCUCGUUUGAUCAGAGAAGCAUUGAGCAUUUGUGAAGAUAUGAUUGGUCAUAGUUAUUCACCGUGUCAAUAUAAUGGUAAAUGGCUGCUUAGCAUAUUACUUGAAGAAAACAAAUUGCAUGAAGCUCAAAUGGUACGUAAUAUGAUGUUUGGAAAAGGAACAAAGUUACCAAAUCCCAUGAGACAGAGAAUUCUAAUGGGCUCAUGAGAUAUCUAAAAGUUAUGCCCAUCGUUGGAACCUAGAUUGGAAAAAACAUCACAGCUAUAUGAAUUUAGAACACAUGGUCAUAUCAGAAGAACUCCAUCGGGAAAACGAUAGCUUGAGGAGUGGAGUAACGUGAUGCCUCAAUGUAUCUCAGUCAAGUUCAAUGGUAUAUAUUGAACACGUGUAGAUUUUUAUGCUGGGAUGCAGACUGGAGGACUUCUUUUCACUUUGCAACCGCAUUUGCACCAGGUCUUGCAUUUAUGUAAACAAAGGUGUCAAAAUGAUGCUGGAUGGUGCCUAAAUAUCUCCUCUUUUUUGGUGGACUGUGUGAAAGAUUCAGAGAUAUUAUCAUGAGAGAAACAUGCAUUGAAAUUUUUAUUUGGAAAUUGUUUGAUGAAAUUCAGAUUAGUUACUUUUUUUUCAAGUCUUUCUUCUAAGUAGAGCAUAUUUGCUUUUCUUUUGUAGAUAUUUCCUUCUGGUUGUGUUACGCAUGAUAUAAGGAUUUUAUCCCACCUUGAUUAUCUCCCUAUCCCCCCACCUUGUAGGGUGUGAUGAGACCGGUUCAUGAUUAUAGUUAAUCAAAUCCACAUGGCAAAGCUGGCCUCAAAUUUAGAUAUACCAUAGAUUUGGGUGAUAUUAUGUUAUCCUAUACAUUUGGUUUAUUCAAAGUUUGUAUUUUAAUUCCCCAAUAACAUUCUAUAGGAUUUAUGUUUUUACAACGGUUUUUACUUGUGUUAUUGUUCGAGUUCUAAGGCUUGUUACUAGUAUUUUUAUCUAUGUAAGAACACACAUAUGUAGAGUUUUUGUUUUAUUU